AUGAAGCUGCUCCUGCUCCUGGCCCUGGUGGCCCUGGCUCAAUGCCGCAUCUCCAGGGUGUCUCUGUGGAGGGGGAAAUCCUUGAGGCAGACCCUGAAGGAGCACGGCUUGCUGGAGCUGUACCUGCAGCAGCACCCCUACAACCCAGCCGCCAAGUACUUCCCCAGCCUGCUCUCUGCCGAGCCGCUGCAGAACUACAUGGAUGUGAGCUACUUUGGCACCAUCUCCAUCGGGACCCCAGGGCAGGACUUCACUGUGAUCUUUGACACCGGCUCCUCCAACCUCUGGGUGCCCUCCAUCUACUGCACCAGCCAGGCCUGCAGCAACCACAACCGCUUCAACCCCGCAGCCUCCUCCACCUUCGUGGGCACCAACGACAGCGUCAGCAUCGCCUACGGCACGGGCAGCAUGACCGGCGUGCUGGGCUACGACACCGUCACCGUGGCAGACAUCAAGGUCCUCAACCAGAUCUUUGGGCUGACCGAGACGGAGCCCGGCGACUUCUUCUACUACAGCCCCUUCGACGGCAUCCUGGGGCUGGCAUUCCCCAGCAUCGCCUCCUCCGGUGCCACCCCCGUCUUCGACAACAUGAUGGCAGAAAACCUGGUGCCGAGGGACCUCUUCUCUGUCUACCUGAGCAGCAAUGGGGCCAGCGGCAGCUUCGUCCUCUUCGGUGCCAUCGACUACAGCUACACCCCCAACGGCAUCAGCUGGAUCCCCCUCUCUGCUGAAACCUACUGGCAGGUCACCAUGGACAGCUUCUACCUUGGUGGGCAGCCUGCUGCCUGCUUCCAAGGCUGCCAGGCCAUCGUGGACACUGGCACCUCGCUGCUGGUUGUGCCCAACAGCAUCCUUGGCACCAUCUUUGCCAGCCUUGGGGCCAACUCCAACGGCCAGAUCAGCUGCAGCGCCCUCAGCUCGCUGCCCGACCUGGUCUACUACAUCAACAACCAGGCCUUCAGCGUGCCCCCCACCGCCUAUGUGCUAGAGGGCGAUGGGUACUGCAGCCUGGCCUUCCAAGGCAUGGAUGUGCCCACCGAGGCCGGGGAGCUCUGGAUCCUGGGGGACGUCUUCAUCCGCCAGUACUACACCAUCUUCGACAGGGCCAACAACAGGGUGGGGCUGGCCCCUCUCAACUGA